AUGUUCAUUGUUUUACAAAAAGUAGUUGUAUUUGGAGAAGAUAAAUGGUACUCAUGUUUUCGUAUUUGUAGCAGAAUUGAUCCAACUGAUACGGGUUGUUUUCAGGACGAUGACAAAUAUAACAGCCGACAUCGAGCACGCUCACGUUCUCGUUCUGGUAGUCGAAGUAGACAUAAGUCUCGGAAAAGAUCUAGGAGUGAUAGCGAACGAAGUAUUGUCAAAAAGUCAUACUAUCGUUCAUCAAGUAGAAGUAGUGCAUCAAGUCGAAGUAGUAGCAGUUCAUCUUCCGAUAGCAGUUUCUCAAAUCACUCUGGAAGCCAUACACGAAAAGCAUUCAGAUCUCAGUCACCUAGCAGAGAUCGAGAUUCAGAAGAAGACAGUGAUGAACAGAAGGAACGAAGAGCUUUGCGUAAACAAAUUCGUGAAAAAGAAAUAGCUUAUGCUGAUAGGUUGCGUAAAUGGGAAGCCCGUGAAAGAAGGCAGGCGAAAUUAUAUGAGCGGGAUGAACAACGGGAGAAACAACGUAAGCGCGAUAUGCAAAAAGAAGCAAAAAAAUUGAAGCAUUUCCUAGAAGAUUAUGAUGAUGAACGCAUGGAUCAGAAAUAUUACAAAAGUUCUUCGUUGUUUCAACGUCGACGUGAUUUUGAACGUGAGCGUGAGGCAGAUGCUAAAGAUCGGCAACGUGAACUACAAGAAAUUGAGGAGCUUAAGAAACAAAUUUUGGCUGAAAAUGCGAAUGUUGAAAAUCCGGACGAGGAAGCCAGGAAACGGCAUGAGGAACAGGAAGAAGCUCUAUUACGGAAACUACGGGCAGAUUCUGGAAGUCCAAAUCCACAUCGUCCUUUGGGUCAGAAACCGUUGCCAUCUGAACCAGAAAAAGAUGAGGAAAGUGAAGAAUCUGAAAGCGAUUCUGAAAGUGAAGGAAGUGCUGAGGAAGCUAUCAAACCGGAGAAACCUGAGAAGCGGAGUAGCUGGAAAGCUGUGGCAUCCGAAGGUACCCCCGUUGCGAAUUCACCAGUAGUGAGCGCCCCAUCACCUUCCUUAAUGUCAUCAUCGCUUGCAAGUCCAGCAAUUGUGCGUACCGAUGUUAUCACACCUGCACGGCCGUCAACAAGUUCACAUCUGAAUGGAGUAUUCGGUUUUGAAGAAAAUGACGACGACGCAGCAUUUCGGAAGAAGAAAUUGAAACCAUUUGAAAUAACUGAAGAGGAUCGUAUUCAAGCGAUGACGUCAGAAGAGCGUAAACAGAUGAUCAAGGAUUUAAUAGAUCGCAUUCCAACUGCUAAAAAUGAUUUGUUUGCUUUUCCAAUCAAUUGGAACUAUGUCGAUAAGUCUCUCGUUGAGCAAAGAGUUAAACCGUGGGUUUCGAAAAAAAUAACGGAUUAUAUUGGAGAAGAGGAAGCUUCAUUAGUUGAUUUUGUUUGUGAAAAAGUAACAUCGAAGACUGAUCCACAAAAAAUCCUUUCUGACAUUGCUAUGGUUUUGGAUGAUGAGGCAGAAGUGUUCGUUGUAAAAAUGUGGAGAUUGCUGAUUUAUGAAUCGGAAGCAAAGAAAUUAGGUCUAUCAAGGAAAGCAUAA